GCCCCGCUGCCGGGAGCGGGCGGCGGAGCCGAGCUGAGCCGCGCCGGGCUGCGGGGCACAGGGACGCGGCGCUGCCCCCUCCUGCCCUGCCCUGCCCUGCGCUGCCCCCAGCCCAGCCUCCGCCAGGCUGCUGCGGGAGAGGAGGGGGGCAGGGAAGCGUCGUUCGCGGGGCAGGGGGUCCCCCCCCUUCCCUCGGGGGCUCGGAGACCUGGCGGAGCGUUCCCCGGCGGCGGCAGGUUGCUCCCCAGACCUGAUGGAUUUCUGCUAGCUGGCUCCUGACAGGCUGGAAGGAGCAUGGUUAAACACCAACCACUGCAGUACUACGAGCCACAGCUAUGUCUGUCCUGUCUGACCGGGAUCUACGGCUGCCGCUGGAAACGGUACCAGCGGUCACAUGAUGACACCACCAAGUGGGAGCGCCUCUGGUUCCUCAUCCUCACCUCAUCCUUCUUCCUGACCCUGGUCUGGUUUUACUUCUGGUGGGAAGUUCACAAUGACUACAAUGAAAUCAACUGGUUUUUCUAUAACCAAAUGGGGUACUGGAGCGAUUGGUCCAUCCCCAUCCUGGUCACCACUGCUGCUGGCUUUACCUACAUCACACUCUUACUGAUCCUGGCACUAUGUCACAUAGCUGUGGGACAGCAGAUGAACCUGCACUGGCUUCACAAGAUUGGCCUGAUGACCACCUUGAUAACCACCGUGGUGACCAUGUCAUCCAUAGCCCAGCUUUGGGAUGAGGAAUGGGAGAUGGUUUUUAUUUCACUGCAAGCCACAGCCCCUUUCUUGCACAUAGGAGCCCUUGCAGCAGUCACAGCCCUGUCCUGGUUGGUCGCUGGGCAGUUUGCACGGACGGAGAAAGCCACUUCUCAGAUGCUGAUGUUCACAGCAUACCUCACAGUUGUAAUUGCACUUUACCUUGUCCCACUCACCAUCUCAUCCCCUUGUAUCAUGGAGAAGAAGGAUCUGGGACCAAAGCCAGCCAUUAUAGGGCACCGUGGAGCACCAAUGCUGGCACCAGAAAACACUCUGAUGUCCUUCCAGAAGGCAGUGGAACAGAAGAUCUAUGGAGUCCAAGCUGAUGUCACACUGAGCUAUGAUGGAGUGCCCUUCCUGAUGCAUGACAAGACACUCAGGAGAACAACCAACGUGGAGGAGGUGUUUCCAGAGAGGGCCUAUGAACACUCCUCCAUGUUCAACUGGACUGACCUGCAAAAACUCAGUGCUGGAGAGUGGUUCCUAAAGAAUGACCCUUUCUGGACAGCAGGGUCUCUCUCAAGGGCUGACUACUUGGAAGCUGCCAACCAGUCAGUCUGCAAGCUGGCAGAUAUGCUAGAGGUGAUCAAGGACAACACAUCCCUCAUCCUCAACUUCCAGGACCUGCCAGCAGCUCACCCCUACUACAGCACAUACAUCAACAUCACCCUGGAAACCAUCCUGGCAUCAGGAAUUCAGCAACACUCUGUGAUGUGGCUGCCAGAGGUGGAGAGGCAGCUGGUCAGCCAGAUUGCUCCAGGUUUCCAGCAGACCUCUGGCCUCAAGCUGGAUGCAGAGCUCCUGAGGGAGAAGGGCAUCGUGAAGCUCAACCUGCGCUACACCAAGGUCACCAGUGAGGAUGUCAGGGACUACACCAUGGCCAACCUGAGUGUGAACCUCUACACUGUGAAUGAGCCUUGGCUGUUCUCCAUCCUCUGGUGUGCUGGUGUCCAGUCAGUCACCUCCGACAGCUCCCACGUCCUCCGCAAGGUGCCUUUUCCCAUCUGGCUCAUGGUGGCGCCUAGGGAGCAUCAGGACCUACAACCCGGAGCAGAUCAUGCUCAGCGCCGCUGUGCGCCGCUCCAGCCGCGACGUCAAGAUCAUGAAGGAGAAGCUCAUCUUCUCAGAGAUCAACAACGGGCUGGAGGCUCCGGACGAGCUGUCCCUGUGCUCCGAGAGCGGCUACGCCAACGAGACGCUGACCCCCGGCGAGCACAGCCACACCAAGCUGCGGAUGGACUGAGACCUCUGCCUGCCCCCUGCCCGGGGGCAUCCCCCCUCGCCCCCACAGCCUUGGCUCCAGCAGGCAGGGCCCUGCUCUCCUGCAUCACACAGCUGAUGAGGAACCUCUGAGGAACUGCUGCUUGGGGCAGAGACCAUCCUCAUCCCCCUCCCUCCCCAACUCCCUUCUCUUUCCCAUAGCCCAUGGCUAGCUGCUCCACCUCCCUGGUUGUGAGGCUGGGGGGGGGAGGAUUUGGGGUUGUAAAUAUGUAGAAAGAUCUGGUUUGUUGUUGUUGUUGUUGUUGCUGUUGUUGUCUCUCUCCUUUUUUUGAGUGUAAUUUGUUUGUUCUGUUGGUUGGGUUUUUUUUUCCCAGGGCAUGAGUGGAACUGUUGUGUUCAUUAAACCUUAUGGCUGAA